AUGGCGCAAAAGAAUGGUUUCAUCGGUGCUUAUAUGCACGUUUUCAAUGAGCCGGACCGUAACGUGGCUCUUUCGAAGUUAACUGGUUGCAAAGAACACUUUUGUGCUCAGAUCACGCGCGUGAAGAGAAAUAAUGUGAUUAUUGACAGGGGUUAUGAGAAAGACUUCGAAAAGCUGGCCAUGAGUCUCUGUGACCCAAACACACCUGGAGAUCCAUCCUUUGACGCGAAGAUUGAUCAAUUACGCCGUGAAUUUCCCAAAGCAAGGCGGUGGAUUGAUUGGUGGCAUGCAUCUGACGUGCAAGCCAUGUUGUUUAAAUCCAGAGUUAAACAGAUUGACGAUGACAGCCUGGACGACGAUAUGCCUGCGACGACCAACGCUCAGGAAUCCUUGCACCGGGUGUAUUACAUGAUCUCGGAUGCCAAUUGUUCCAUCCAGGUGGGGCUCGUGCAGCUGUACGCUUUGGUCAUGAGCCUCGAGAGAGACUACCAUGACCUGCGACGUGGGGUCACCAUCGAAUAUGGUUCUACUAAGAACUACGAAAAGGUUGCCCAAAUUCUUGGAUGGGCAAAGAAAGCCCGCAAUUGCCGUGAACCCAAGAACGAUGGACGACCACCUGACACCACAGAGGCUCUGCUUGGCAGCAAGAGUAAGAAGAAACUUGGCAGACCCAAAGGGUCUGUCAACAUCGACCGUAACCCUGUUACGACUUUUCAAGGUUUCCAAAGCUCGUUGAUUCCCACGCGCCGGAACAGGUGCUGGAUGAACUCCAUGUCCGAGUGUCUGUACGCGUUAUACACACCGUAUUGGUUCACCGGGUCCAGGGGGGUUUCAAUUCACAUUUUCAACAAAUUAAUGAAUCUUUUCUCAUCACGAGCUACCUGGGAAAUACAUCAGAACGGCAGCAUCCGACAAAUCCUCUCUUUGGGUCAAAACAAGAUUCAUGCGGCAAUCCAGACUAUCUACCCUGGUGGAUUCAAAUACGAUGAAUUUGCGUCAGCUACGCAAUAUUUUGAAGGCUUAUUUGAUUGUCAAGGUCUCCAGAAACAACCACGAGCGCCUCCAAUCACCCAAAAGCUUUUUCGAAUGACUCGCCAACGCAAGCUUGUCUGCUCCCAUAAUCAUUCUCAUAUCACGAAUGAGAGUGUCCCGAUGGAUUGUAUCACUCUGAUGCCUGAACACUUUGGUGUUGGGUGUCGUUCAACUCAGACAUUUGAAUACUCAGAAACGCCGGCCCUUCUUGACCGUUGGACAUCAGAAGAAGGUCUUCGGCGUGUCUCUGCUCGUCACUGUUUGGCCUGCCCACUCAACAAGGAUCCGAACGACCACAUUUCAUCUUUACCACGACAAGCGCCCCCCUUAUACGAGAGGACACGGCUUUUAUUCGAUCCACCACCACCUCACUUGUACAUCUCGAUUGACCCGCUGGUCUUAACAACCACUCAGCCUGAGGAAGCCAAAAGAAUGACCGAUGAAUGUGAUCUACCUUACGAAUUGAACCUUCUUGGUGUUACCUACUGGAUGCGAGCUCGUGGAUUCUACGCCGCGGGUCACUACUGGUGCAAGGUGGUACGCACAGUUGGUGGUCUAACCGGUGUAUGGUAUCACAAUGACCUCAUAAACGAAGGCAUUGCUACUUUGGAAAGUAGGGAAUUGGUGUCUAUUGGUGGGGCUAUGAAUAAUACGAACUGGGUGAUGUAUUCUCGAGCGCCUACAACAGCGGAGGCAUUGAUUAUUGAAAAAGCAAACGUCAAGAUCGAAAAAGAAUUCGGCGACAACCAACAAGGCGACUUGCCUUUUUCACAGCAAGGAUUAGAGUCUACACUUCAACACAACCCAGACAUCCCAAAGGAUGUGUCAAAGCAGGAAGGUGGCAGCAAAGACCUUAUGAGAAUAGUGGAGUUGGAAGAUCUAUUUCUUUCAGACAAACACGUAGAUGAAGAACGUCCCCAAGCAGUUGCAAUCGUCAAGCCUAAAGUGAAUAAGCCUAAGCCUAAAGCAGUUCCGAAGAGGAGAGGCAGGAAGAAGCAAGACCUCACUCCUUCAGAGUGUGCACUAGAUGAUUCAGACCAAGGCGCUGAUCAUGAUCAACGUUUGAAUUUGAAGGCGGUUGGAAACGUGAAAGAUCCAAACUUAGUCGAAGAACAUGACCAUUCGGGCAGCACUGUCAAGAAAGUGACGAAGAGGAAAAAUCAGGAUCACCUUGUAGGGGAAAACCAGGAAGAUUUGUUUCUUCCCGAUGGAAACAAAGAACCAAUCCAUACGGGAAAGACCAAGAAACGGAAAGGAUGGAAAGGUUGGGCAAUUGCUGAAGAGGAAGAGGAGGAGGUAAAAGGUUUUGACGAGCCUGUCAAGCGCAGCAGUCAAGAGUCAAAGGAGAGUGGCAAGGUGCGCAAGUCAAAGCGUAAGAAGGAGACGAACUUUGAAUUGCCCAUUUUCUUGGAACCUCAAACAAGCUCAGGUUCAAACCGAACUCGUGACAAAUUGGUAAAAAAAUUUUCUAAAACCUCCUCUCCUUCUAUCUACAAGGUUACCAUUAGCAAAGCUGAAAUGUCAACUCGCCACCAAAAUCGCUGGUCUCUUCCAGCUCAAGCUUCGAUAGCUGAUCAUGCUCAGAUUCAUCCUAGUGUAACGAUGAGAUCGACGUCAAAUAACAACCCUGGCAUUCAGUCAUCAUCUUUUGUGAACAAUCAUCGCUCUGAUAUAUUUCCUCAUCAUGGUUACUCCCGCAGACCAUUUGGUUUCACCAAGCCAACUGAUAUACCACGCUCAGAGGAGAUGUCGGAUCCUUUUGCGCUUGGUUCUGAUGCUGAGAAUAAUCCAAGAUUAGAACAAUUAGAGAAGAUGCAUCAUUUGAUUUAUCAUUAUAUUCCUUCAAUUGAACAGCUCGCUUCUGAUGGAACAAAUUUAUAUCGAUGGAGCAAAAGUCUUGAUCUUGCGAUUUAUAACAUGUUGAAUCUUCGACAUUUCUUUUCAUCUUCACACAAUACAUUUGAUCCUAUAGGUAGAGAAGAGGAUAAAUUAGUAGUUAGAUUGAUUUAUGAAACUAUACCUGAAUCAAUCAAGGAUUACAUUGAUAGAAUUGAAGAUUAUCCUUCAGCUUUUGAAAUCUUUAAGACUAUACGUAACUUGUUUGAAAAUGAAGAAGCGAAUGGAAGAACAGCUCAAGUGAAUACUUGGGCACGUUUAUUUAAUCAAACAUUUGAUCGCAGCGUAAAUGAUCUAACGGCACAUAUCAAUAGAAUCAACUCUCUGAUGGAUAGACUUGAUUCUCAAGGGUUUACAUGGAGCAAAGAUUCUAUGGCUGGAAUUUUAUAUCAAUGGACAGUUCCGAUCUUAGGUGGAUGGAAUCUGGAGGGAGCCAAUCGAAAACUAGAUCUACGUUGGUCUACGGAUAAAUCACCUUUUACUUCAGAAGAGAUAAUUCGCGCUAUGCAAUCAGAAGUUAACAUUAAGAAGAAUAUCCACGGCCCAUCGUAUAGACCAAUCUCUAAAGAUGGAUUCGCUCAUCUACCUGACCAGGAUGAAUUUGAUCGCUGGAUCGCUAACACUAUAAACCCUCGAACAAAUCAAGACCACCUAACUAGUAUGGUAGCACGUCACACCAGUAUUGCCCCUUUCGGUGGCAUCCUCCCGACUCCCUGGUCCACUAGACCCAUGUGGAAUACUGCCCCCGGAAUCCGAUACCCAGAUCCAGUACCAGUUACACCAACACCCGCUCGACAAGAAAUCAAUGAGAAGGAGAGCAAAAGAUUGGAUAUGUCAAAUAACGAGACUUGGAAGCCAUAUCCUACUUAUACCCGCCACAGGUCUUCUACAACCGACUCCGAGGAUAAUGAAUCAUACGAGCAAAGAGGAGUCUUUGAUACCGAUAGUGAUGAGGAAUUUGAUGAAUCCCAUCCAGAUGUAGAUCCAUCCUAUAGACUUAAUUUAGCAGAUUGGAAUUAUGAUAAGUACUUCAUUUAUCUUUAUGACUCAGAAAACAAACUAUUGCGUGCUAUCCAGCGGAACCGUCUCCCUUAUGCGGUCAAUAAGGAACUCCUUCAAGCAUAUUCUUCUAGGCCACCUUUAGAACCUGAAGUGAUUGCUUUCGAUAGAAGGAAACUUGAAAUGAAAGGUGAUCUGCCAUGGAGAUUUUUGCACAAUAAGAUUUGCUUUUGUGAUGUGUCAUAA